GCUUCUAGAUGUACCCAGGGGUGGAUUAAGAGCAAAUGGGACCUAGAUCAACUGAAACUGCCAGUUUUUUCCUAGAGAAAAGGGAGUCAGAAAUUUUUGCUGACCCUCUUGAGAAAACCUGGAAGUGACUCUCGAAUGUGGAUUAGUCUGCCUAUUCAGUCAUGGAGUGAUCUGCCACUGGCCUUAAGCAAAGGAGUGAGGGAGAACUAUGUUUACCCCUUGAAACCAGCUAGCCUGCUUCAACCACAGAAAACUGGUCUUCAGCUUGCCUGUUUGACAUUCGUAGAAAGGAGUCGUACUGGAAGCAACGAUUCACAACAUGACUGUGUCUGAAUAUAUUCAAAUAUCCUGUUGGCACUUUACAUUCCAGCAGAGAUGUGGUGCUGGAAAGGUGCUAUAGCUGAUGAAGCACGCUUCUGUUACAGAGCUCUUGUACAGCAAAAUGUUAAAAGUGGUUGACAACCCAAUUAGCACAUUCUGGACAGGACUUGUUGAUGAACCAGCUAAACUUGCCUUCCCCUAAUCCACACUUGCUAAACUACUGCUACUGCAUUCCAUCAUUCAUUUGCCUGUCAUAGAGAGAUGCAUCUGUUAGAAAAAUAACAUCCAUUGGGUAAAUUCUAGCCAGACAUCCAUCCUGCUUGCCUUCUGCCUCCUUCUCAUUCAGCCAUCUGAAACAUGCUGAUGAGGUGGUCACAAAGAAUUGGGAGAAAUUCAAAUCCUGUGUACCACAGAAGUCUGUAUAAUCAAAAGAGGAGCUCGUAAGCUGCUGUCUUCCUGCUGGCUAGUACAGUUAGGUGCCUGACAAAGCAGCCACAGUUGCAGACUGAUGUUCCUUUGCACUACUAACACGUAUCACUAAAUGACAGCAACCAACAGCAGUGGAACUCACUGUCCUGGACUUUCCAAAUCAUUUCUUUUAUGAGCUAUCCACAGCUUGACCCUGGAAACUUAUGCACUGGCCACAUUUCCUGAAAGAAGAGAGAUUACCAUCACCAGCCUUUACCACCAAAGCACCUCUUGUCCCUUCCUCACUUUUUAUCUUGUCUGUUUAGAUUGCCAGGACUAGUCUUUACUGUGUAAUUUGUAUAGGCCUAGCACCCUAGUUGACCCCAACCCGGACUUUGGAUCUCUGUGGACUACUCUGAGACCUCAAACUCAAGUUAUAGAUAGGCCAGUACUAUCACAGCUGAAAUUAACAUGAGUAUAUACAACAAAUCAAUUGUGUUGUUAAUAACAAUGCUCGUUGUGGAAGGGAUUGCUGUGGCACAGAAGACACAAGGUGGACAAAAUAUUGGAGGAAACCACAUUCCACCCACCCAAUGUGAUAACUGGGUUAGGACAAGUAAUGGAGGACAUUUUGCUUCCCCAAAUUAUCCUGACAUAUAUCCGCCAAACCAGGAGUGUAUCUACAUUUUAGAAGCUGCUCCACGCCAAAGAAUUGAGUUGACCUUUGAUGAACCUUAUUAUAUAGAACCCUCGUUUGAAUGUCGAUUUGAUCACCUGGAGGUUCGAGAUGGACCUUUUGGUUUCUCCCCCCUCAUCGAUCGAUAUUGUGGUCUGAAAAGUCCUGCACUAAUUAGAUCAACAGGGAGGUUUAUGUGGAUCAAGUUUACUUCAGAUGAGGAACUAGAAGGAAAGGGAUUUCAAGCAAAAUACUCCUUUAUUCCAGAUCCAGACUUCACUUACCUAGGAGGUAUUUUAAAUCCCAUUCCAGACUGCCAAUUCGAGCUCUCAGGAGCUGAUGGAAUAGUACGUUCCAGUCAAGUAGAACAAGAAGAAAAAACAAAACCUGGCCAAGCAGUUGACUGCAUAUGGACAAUUAAGGCCACUCCAAAUGCUAAGAUUUAUUUGAGAUUCCUGGAUUACCAAAUGGAGCAUUCAAAUGAGUGCAAGAGAAACUUUGUUGCAGUGUAUGAUGGAAGCAGUUCCAUUGAAAACCUGAAGGCAAAGUUUUGUAGCACAGUAGCCAAUGAUGUGAUGCUGCAGACUGGAACAGGAGUAGUACGGAUGUGGGCAGAUGAAGGUAGCCGACUGAGCAGAUUCAGAAUGCUUUUCACUUCAUUUGUGGACCCUCCCUGCCCAGGCAGUACUUACUUUUGCCAUAGCAACAUGUGCAUCAAUAAUUCUUUAGUCUGCAAUGGCAUUCAAAACUGUGCAUACCCUUGGGAUGAAAAUCACUGUAAAGAAAAGAAAAAAACUGGACUGUUUGAACAAAUCACCAAAACUCAUGGAACAGUCAUUGGCAUUACAUCAGGGAUAGUUCUGGUUCUUCUUCUUAUUUCAAUUCUGGUCCAAAUAAAGCAGCCCCGCAAAAAGGUUAUGGCUUGCAAAACUGCUUUCAAUAAAACUGGUUUCCAAGAAGUAUUUGACCCUCCACAUUACGAACUAUUUUCAUUAAGGGAUAAAGAGAUUUCUGCAGACUUGGCUGAUUUAUCAGAAGAACUUGAAAACUACCAGAAAAUGAGACGUUCCUCUACUGCCUCUAGAUGCAUCCAUGACCAUCACUGUGGCUCUCAAGCCUCCAGUAUAAAACAAAGCAGGACCAACCUCAGCUCCAUGGAACUGCCUUUUCGUAAUGAUUUUGCACAACCUCAGCCGAUGAAAACAUUUAACAGCACAUUCAAGAAGAGUAGUUAUACUUUCAAACAGGCCCACGAUUGCCCUGAGCAGGUCAUAGAGGACAGGGUGAUGGAAGAGAUUCCUUGUGAAAUAUAUGUCAGGGGACGAGAGGAUGCUGCACAAGGCUCGUUAUCUAUUGACUUUUAAUCUCCUACCGAAGACGAUAUUGGUGUAUAUAUGGGUGUGGGGGAGGGGUGUAUACACACACGUCAUAUAUAUAUGACAGUGUAUAUACAAAAAUAUGUACCAUAUGCAGUGUGUGUGGAUAUACACACUUUUAGCUUACUGUAUCCAACUCCAUUUUUUUACAAAACAAAGUCUUCAUAACCAGUGGUGGACUUCUUCCUACCUUCCCAAGCCAUCCAUCUAGUUGAGCAACAAAGCUGCAGGUUUUGCAUGGGAAUCAUCAGUUAAGGAUAUUAAUAAAAAUUACUAAUAACUGAUCACUGAAAACAAUGACUAGAAUCUUUUUCUCCCUCCCCGCUGUAUCAUUUUCCCUUCUUUAAAUAUUUAGUUUUCAAGUCAAAAUUAACACUUCAGUUACUUAAGUAAAGAAAAGUGGUUUAUGCAACACAUAUUUUGACAUAAAUGUCUUAAUGUAUUUGUCAAGUUGCAGCUAGAAUUACAGUGCUGAGUGCCAAUUAAGACUAAGUUAUGUUACAUCCAUCUGCUUCAUCCUGACUAACUUUUAUAUUGCCUUUAAUUACUAGUUCUUAGUCUCUGUAUUUGUGAAACAUGUGAAAUGGCUUAUUGCCUUUAAGAGUAAGAAUAUUUUGUUUUACUUAUAGAUUUGGGGGUUUUUUAGCCCAUUUGAGAAUAUGGCCUUUGCAGCUUGUGAAUAAACCUUAACCCAGUCCUAAAAUAUUUUUCAAAUUUUCAACAUUUAUUCUUAUAAAAUAGCUUCCUUUCAGGAAGGUCUGUGAUUUAGUAUACAGUGGGCCAGAUUCUGCAAUGUGUUAGUCAUACAGUUCCAUUGAGUUCACAGCUGUGUAACUAAAGCAGAAUUUUGGUUAUUGUUUUCCAAGUAGUUCUAGAAAUUGAUUGCAUUUUUGUGGUUCUGUACAUCUGCAUCCUACAGCAGUCCCAGUCCUGUUGUCCUUUUAUAUCCAAACUCCCCUGAUUAAUUCAGUUCUGGGUACUCUGGGUUCAUUCCCAAACUGCAUAGGGAGUAUAGGAGCAAGCCCACUAUUUGUUAAGUUUUGAGAUCUGUGAUGACUAAGGUGGGAGAAGCUGGUAGGGACAAGGAGAAAUCCCAGAGUAACUUCACUUAGCCUUUAAGACUUCUUAUUUAAGAGUUUCAUUUUUCUAGCACUUGUUUCCAUCUUGCAAAAUUGCACAUUUCAUACUUUUUUUUUAAUUGUGGGUUUGAUCUCAUUUUGGUCAUCUUUUUAUGGUAUGACACAAUUUAUAACAUAUGACUAUUCAUUGUGGGGGUUUUAGACUUUUAUAUCAUUUGAUACUGUACAGACUGUUUAUUAAAUCAAGAUUUAACACCUGUACAGCACAUUUAUUUCAGCAUCCAUAGUAGUGGCAUUGAACAAUGUGUGUGAAUGUACACUGUAAUUUGUAAAGAAUACUUCAUAUUAUUUCUACAUUAGCCCCUUUCACUCCCUAGUUUGUUUGAGUUUUUGUUUCGGUAUUUUGUUUUAGAGGGAAUAGUGUUCUUUCACUAAAUGUGACCUUGCAGCUCUCAAUCACCGGACACAACCUGUAUUAAAAAACAUACAUAAAAACAAA